AUGACAUCCAAAUCGCCUCUUAUUCCAUUUCGCUCAUUCCUCGAACGCGAUGGGUCGCCUAUACACACCCCUCACAAAAACUCACAAACGCCUUCCGUCCACCGAGUGUACAAUCACGCGCUAUGUCUUCUUGGACAUAGCCUUGCUCUAAUAUACGGAGAUCCGUCGGAUGUGACUUCUCCACAAGCGGCUGGAUCACCAGAGCUAGCGGCUUAUCCUUCCUUGCGACAGUCACACUUUUUGUCACAGUGGACAUUCCUCUGGACAGAUUGUCAAAAAUGGUAUAAUGAGCGUCCAGUUGACGCACAGCAAAUUGUGGAUGUCCGGGGUGGAGAAGCAGAUCAGCUGGACCCUGAUCACGACACGGGCUUCCCCAUUCUCAUCUUCACAACGCCAAUGGCGCUGGUCGCCAAUACCGUUUACCACAUCACGUCACUUCUGCUCUUAACGCAUAAGCCACGGCUCUUGAAGUCGCUUCCUGGUCCACGUUGUUUCACCUCUCACAUCUGGCAUGCCCAGUCAAUAGCUGGUAUCGCAACCAGUAAUGACUCGCCGGAGCAGUUUGAUCCGAUACUUGUCGUGGGGCUACUUCUAAUUGCGCGGGAGAUGACUCAUGAGUCGCAGCAAAUCGUCUUACUUGAAGUGUUGCGGAAAAUCACAAAUACGACAGGCAUUAAUCUGGAGCAUGAAAGGGAAGCGCUUCGGUCUGUAUGGAGAAUUGCGCGGUAUGACGACGGGUCCGAUGAGCAAGAGAUUUAG